GAUCAUCAACAAAUGUCAAAUAAUCUCCCGGUGUAAAAAAACCUCUUUUCCUGGCCCAUUCCUUGAUGUUCUUAUAAACCCCAUCAAGCCCUUCUCCUCCCCCACACAAUAUUCUCUCUCUCCAUCUCUCUCUCUCUCUCUCACACACACACACUCACACACAGAGACUCAAACACUCUUUUCCUCUCACACUAAAACAAACAUUUUUACAUGUUUUUCAUAACCCAAAUCAGCUUGUGAUUCAUGGGUGUGAUCUCUCUCCACCAUCACAUGCUUGUAAUUCUAAUCACUUGCUUUUUUAGACACAAGCCCCAUCUCCCACUCAUCCUCUAACUUUGACCCAUUUUAUAAAAAAGUCAAACUAGAAAUUUCAAAAAAAAAAAAAAAAACAUAAACCAAUGGAGGGUGGAAUCAUGUUUGAAACUUUGCUCCAAAACCAACGACUUAACUUUUCUUCUGAUGAGUUUAACUCCCCAUGGGUUCCCAACUCAUUUCAAGGAGACAAAACAAAUACAAAAGAGUACAACUCUGAUGAGGACUAUGAAAACUGUUUUAGGCAGCCGGAGAAGAAAAGAAGGUUGACCGUUGACCAAGUUAAGUGUCUUGAAAAGAGUUUUAAAGAGGAAAAUAAGCUUGAGCCAGAGAGGAAAAAUAAGCUAGCUAAAGAGCUUGAUUUGCAGCCUAGACAAGUUGCAAUUUGGUUUCAGAAUCGUCGAGCACGGUGCAAGACGAAACAACUUGAAAAAGAUUAUGAGAUUUUAAACACAAGUUAUGAUAAACUUAAAUUGGAAUAUGAUUGCCUCCAGAAACACAAUGACAAGUUGAAACAAGAGGUACAAAUGCUCAAAGAAAAAUUACAACAAAAGGAGAAAGGGGAAAAAGAUUUAAUCCCAAAUGAAUUUCCCUCAAGAGAAUUGGAUUCAAAUGUUCAAGAAAGAAAUCCAAUUCAAACUUGGAGUAAUGAACCAAAAAUGGUGAUAUGCAAGCAAGAAUAUGCGAAUUCGGUUUCAACGAAAAGCGACAUAAUCGAUUCGUAUAGCCCCGAUGGGAACCAUUCUUCAUUUCUAGAGCCGUGUGAUUCGUCGAAUGUAUUUGAAAACCAAUCUGAUUUUUCGCAAGACGAGGAAGAUAAUCUGACUAUUCUUAGGUGUCCGAAGAUCGAAUACGAGUCGUAUAUUGACCCUAAUGAGGGUUCUUUAGGAUACCCAAUUAACGAUCAACCCUUUUGGCUUUGGCCUUAAACGUGUCUAUUUUGAUGGGUGUUUGAUCAAGAUUCUAAGUUGAGGGGUGUUUAGGGUAACCCUUUUGGUUUUAGCCUCAAAAUUUCCAUUUAGUAAAAGGCUUAUGAUCAAGAUUCUAUGUUGAGUGUUCAUUGGAGCAAAGGGUACCCUAUUAAAAACCUUUAGGUUGUUUCCUUAAAAUAAUGCAUGUGAUCAAAAUCCCAUUAAAUUUCUAGGCAUUGAUCAAUAUUUAUGUAGGAACCUUCUCUUGUACUUAGAGAUAGAUGCCAAUAAUAUUGUCCUUUUUUAAUAUUUAACCAUACAUAUUAUAUAAGAUGUUUUCCUUGUGUUGUGAUUUUA